UCUCUCUCAUUCACUUCUCAUCUUUGACUUGUUUAAAGCUAUUUUUUCUCUCAUCUAAUCAAUACCACAAGUUUUUGGUUUCAGUUUCGCCGUUUAGUCUUCCUUUUUAUCGCCUCAGUUAUUAGACUUUGUAUGAACUCCUUCUUUUCCGGAAUCACAGUGGAACACAAUAAAUCCUUGUAGUUUUGUACAUAAAAUGGGGUGUUUCACAGUUUUGAAGAGUAGGAAGAAAAAACCUGAGCAGACUGUUCAUAUUAAAAGGGUCAAUCCUCAGGAGUAUACUCCCACCACACUGCCUGAGCCCCAACAUCAAACCCCAACACGCUCACUCCAAUCAGCACCUCCAAGUUUUAGGAAUAGAGUGAAGCCUGUUCAACCGAACAACAAAGCUUCUAACAAUAGAUCAAGGGCAUUAUCUGCCCCAUCUAGUCUUGAUGCGGCAGAACAAGAUGUACUUGCAGCAAGUGAAUAUGAAGAGCAAGAAGAAUCAAAGAGCCGAGUUGGAUUGGGGAAGGAACAAUGGUCUUCAAGUCCAAAACCUCUUCCACUUCCAUCACCUCAGAGUGCUGCUGCACUUAAGACUACUGGAAGCUUUAAAGCAGGAAAUGUCAGUGGUCCUCUGUUUGCUUCUGGACCGCUGUUUGCUUCUGGACCUCUGUUUGCUUCUGGACCUUUGCCACUGCCUCCUGCUGGAUCUGGAACACUUCGGAACUACCCAUACGAAGAAGUUGCAGCUGCUUGCCAUAAUUUCUUCUCCGACCGGUGCAUGUCAGAAGGUCUUUCUUCUGUAAUGUAUAUGGCUUCCUUUGGAGGAGAAGAUGCUUCAAGUUCAAAGAAGUUUGACGCCAUUGUUACACGCCUUAACCCAUCCACUCAGUGUUUGAAGGAAUUUAUCAGUGAAGUAAACACCCUUGCAUCUUUGCAACAUCCAAACCUCUGCAAGUUGAUCGGUUAUCAUGCACGUGAUGGUUCAGAGCAGAGAAUGCUGAUAUAUGAGAAGCUUUCUCAUGGAAGUUUGGAUCGGCUUCUAUUUGGGAGAUUAGAUGGGCCCCCAAUUGAUUGGAACACCAGAAUGAAAAUUGCAUUAUGUGCAGCACAAGGUCUUACCUUCUUGCAUGAAGAAGGGCCAAUGCAGGCAAUGUACAAUGAAUUUUCAACUGCCAACAUACAGAUUGACAAAGAUUUCAGUGCAAAGCUAUCUGGAUAUGGUUGUGUUGGUCAUAUUCCUGAGACAGAUGUCUCUAAUAAUUCUGUUGCUGCAGCAAAUCUUUCAGUGGAGACAUUAGAGAGAGGUUUGCUGACUCCUAAGAGUAAUGUUUGGAGUUUUGGGAUUGUACUUCUUGAACUACUCACUGGCCGAAGGAAUCUUGAUAGCCGCCAUCCCAAGGACGAAAGGAACUUGGUUAAGUGGAGCCGGCCUUUCCUUGCUGAUGACUGUCGACUUUCUCUCAUCAUGGAUCCUCAGCUGAAAAGUCGCUUUCCGACCAAAGCAGCUCGGACAGUGGCCGACAUUGCUCUAAAGUGUCUUCAGAAGGAUCCAUCAGAAAGACCCACCAUGAGAACCAUUGUUGACCAUUUGAAAACCAUACAAGACAUGAAAUUCCCUUGUCGGUAUCCUCUGCAAGAGCCGGCAGUAAUUGCUGGUAAACAGAUGUCAAGAUCACCAAGUCUUAACGGGAUCAUCACCCCUGCACCUAGGUUAAGUUUUUCACCAUCUCCACCAUCACGAGCCCGACUAUCUGUUUCCCCCACAAGGCCACUUGCUCUGCCCUUAUCUCUUCCACCCCGUGCUUGUUCUUCCACCAUCGCUUUUGAAGAACUGGAUCGGCAAGAAAGUCGGAGAUCUUCGUCGUCGACUGUUCGAAGGGCUAGUGUUGAAGGAUUUGAGUGGGGGAUAAGAGUGAAAGCCUGGUCUGACUGGGUUCCAUUAGUUUCCGUCAAUCCAGAUGCCAUUUACAUAAUAACUUUUCAUAUUCUUCCUUUCUCUUCCUUCUCUGCCGGCUGUUUUGAAUUUCAUAUUAUGUCUUCACACAAACAAGAAGCGUCUGCAAUCCGGGAAGUUCAGUUUGAUGCUUGUUUUGUGGUUGAUAACGUACCUUCCCUAAUUGAGGCAUUUGUGAAUGUCGGAACAAUUAUAAUGAAAAAGUCAUAUGCAGACAACGCGAAUGCAUCUAUUCAUGCAAUGGAACAGAAUCACAGAACACCUUACAAGUUCAAUGAUCUAAGAUAA